AUGCUUCCUCGCUCGACCGUCCAGGUUUCGCAGCUAGACGAACAAGCAAAUCAUGAGAGCGAGCUGUUGUGUGAAGCUUUACUGCAGAGUGGAAUGCUGCCGGAUCCCGUGUCGACGCCAGUGCUUAGUUUUCGACGCCAAAUCGAGACAGCAAACGUGUGCCGAACGACGUGCAUUGAUUGCCGCAAGCUGCCAAAAAGUUCAUCUGACACUGCAUCUUGGCUUGGACUCACCUCGUAUCAGCGCAUCGCUGUUGCCGUUCAAUGCUCUAACGAGCUGCACGAGUAG